CCCGGCGGGGCCUGUGGCCGGGGCGCGUUGUCGCAGGGCUGAGGAAUCACUUCAAAACAAGCGGUGCUGGCAGGAUGCUGGUCUCCCUGCUCUUCCCCCAAGUGAGCCGGCCCCUUCGAUGCCUCGUCCGGGACCUGCACCAUUGCAGAGGGGGGUUGCGUGGGAAGAAGAGGGCUGGUUGUCCCCGCAGGGGUCUGCAAACUACCUGGGCAACCUACAGCAGUGACGUUACCCCUGUCUUCACCAGGGCUUUGGCUUUUGGUGAUAAAAUCGCCAUCAUCGACCAAAACGGUGAACACACUUACAGGGACCUUCUCGGGCAGAGUCUGCGCCUGUCCCAGGAGAUCUGCAGAGCUCUGGAGUGCUCCAGCAGGGACUUGAAGGAAGAGAGGAUCUCGUUUUUGUGUCCCAAUGAUGCCUCGUAUGUGGUGGCCCAGUGGGCUUCCUGGAUGAGCGGGGGCAUAGCGGUGCCCCUUUACAAGAAGCACCCUGUGCAGGAGCUGGAGUACGUGAUCCAGGAUUCGCAGAGCGCUCUAGUCAUCGCCGCCGAGGAAUACGUGGGGAAAAUAGCCCCAAGUGCUGAGAAACUGGGAGUCCCAGUCCUGCCGCUUCUCGAGUCUCAUAGUGAGGGAUCUGCAAGUCACGCAGCAGUGGAAGAGGGUCCCUUGACAACCUGCUCCUCGUGGAAAGACAGAGGAGCCAUGAUAAUCUAUACUAGUGGGACGACGGGAAGACCCAAAGGUGUCCUCAGCACCCAUGAGAACGUGCAAGCCGUGACCACAGGGCUGGUUGAAAAAUGGGAGUGGAAGAAGGAAGAUGUUAUUCUGCAUGUGCUGCCUUUACAUCAUGUCCACGGGGUGAUCAAUAAGCUCCUCUGUCCUCUCUGGGUGGGAGCGACAUGCAUCAUGUUACCCGAAUUCAGCACACAGAUGGUUUGGAAGAAGUUGCUAAGCUCCCAAGCUCCCCGUGUCAGUGUCUUCAUGGCAGUGCCCACUAUCUAUGCCAAGCUGAUACAGUAUUAUGACGAGCAUUUCUCUCGGCCCCAAGUCCAGGAUUUUGUGCGUGCCUUUUGCCAAGAGAACAUCAGAUUAAUGGUGUCUGGCUCAGCAGCCCUCCCUGUGCCUGUCCUGGAGAAGUGGAAGAGCAUCACUGGGCACACACUGCUGGAGAGGUACGGGAUGACGGAGAUCGGGAUGGCGCUUUCUAACCCUUUGCGCGGAGUCCGUGUCCCAGGUUCUGUGGGCACCCCACUUCCAGGGGUGAAAGUGCGCAUUGCCACGGAGACCUUGAAGCAUGGUGCCCGUUCCUACACCGUCCUUGCUCAGGGAGAUGAAGACAACACACAGGUGACACCGGGUCUCGAGGGCCAAGAGGGGGAACUGCUCGUGAAGGGACCCUCCGUCUUCCGCGAGUACUGGAACAGACCCAGAGAAACAGCAAACGCCUUCACCCCCGACGGCUGGUUUAAAACAGGAGACACAGCAGCCUACAAAGACGGCGUUUACUGGAUCAAGGGCCGCACCUCAGUAGACAUCAUCAAAAACGGGGGGUUCAAAAUCAGCGCUCUGGAGGUGGAGCGUCAUCUGCUCGCCCACCCGCACAUCGCAGACGUAGCUGUGAUCGGGCCCCCGGACAUGGUCUGGGGCCAGCGGGUCAGUGCUGUCGUGCAGCUGCGCAAGGGCGAGAUGCUCUCGGUGAAGGACCUGAAGGACUGGGCCAGCUCGUUCUCAGGCCCCGUGCAGCUCAUCGCCAGAUGAAACGACUCUUUAGCUGGAAGGCCUGUCUUCAGCCGGCUGCGGCGGUGCCUGGGAAUUCUGCAUCCUCUGCCCUUUCCCACAGACUCAGCGUCUUUCCCCGUAGUUUGGUUGAUAGAGAGGGGAAACCCCAGUGGAUCCCCUCACUGGUGGGAUCCUGCUCUGCGUGGGAUGCCCCAUAACCCCCCCCCGUGAAUCGGUACCGUCCACCCAAGCACCAACUCCCACUUCACAGCAGAAAUGAAGAAUAAAUACAAAAAUCAGAAAUAGUGGCUGCGCUCACCAACCCAGAGCAUAUCCCACCCCCCCAGGCGCUCAGAGGAACGGCAGGAGCUGGAGAUGGGCUCGGGUUUUGGCCAGGGUGGGCCCACGGGCCGGCGUGGGGUGGGGGCAGAGCCCGGGGGGGUGUUGGAGGCACCGGGGAGCAGAUGCAGCAGGAUCCACACUGCGCGUGCCUGUGCCGACACCAGCGCCCACGUCUGAAGGUCAUCGAUCGCCUGGAGGACGGGCGGCGUCCAUAACCUCUACCCUUGGAAACGGGUGUUGGUCCCUCUUUGACUUCGGGCGCGACGGUGGGCGAUGGGGA